UCAAAGGUCAUGAAUUCUCCUACAAAAGAACCACGUCCAUCCUAUUCAAAUACCCGAGAACGACUUGUGCGGGUCGUUCCUCCUCAUUUAAUCUGUUCUCUUACCUGUGGGGGUCGUGACUGUCGUUAUGAGAGCCCAGAUGGUUGGACUUUGGAGCAACAAGCAAUUCGAGGACUCUACUCCUCUUGGAUUACAGAAGAGAUACUGGCGAUGAGCCGUCCUUCCACUCGUCUCAUACAAGAGCACAAUAUCACCGAGCAGUUCCACAGAUACGGAAUACGCUCUGUGGUCAAUGCACAGCUUCCUUGGGAACAUGGUCACUGUGGAGACUCACUUGAUCCUCAAAGCGGCUUUUCUUACAGACCCCAGGACGUUAUGGACUCUGGCAUCUCCUUCUAUAAUUUUGGUCUUCCUGAUUUUGGGGUAGUCCCAGUGCUUCGAAUUUUGGAUGCAGUGAAAGUCAUUGCAUUUGCUCUGCAAGAAGGGAGAAUAGCCAUACACUGCCAUGCAGGUCUCGGACGCACAGGGGUACUUAUUGCAUGUUACCUGAUCUACUCAUGCCGUGUUAGUGCUGCAGAUGCUAUACAUUUUGUGCGUCUUCGUCGCCCUGGAUCUAUACAGACAGGAGCCCAGGUGUCUCUGGUGUGUGAUUUUGCACUGUUCCUAAAUUCACAAUGGCCAGUUUUUCCAAGUGCACCUCCUGGCUACCCUGCCUUUACAUUAGAUCAGUAUCUGUUCCGUCAACGACACCUCCUUCAUGGUCAGGAGGCUCGGAGCUUACGCCACCUUCCUAAGCCUGUGGCAGUGAUAUGUCGGAGACUGGCACAAUUGGCAGGGGGUAGGAGAAGAAGAGGAUCAUGGAUGGAACUGGAAAGAGAGGCUGCACAUAGACUCCUGCACCAGAUCAUUGUUAGAGCUGCAAAUGACCGUCAGUAUAAGAAGAUGCCCUCACCGACUUGCGAGAGUGAAGACAAUGAACAAGAAUGGAAACAAAAGAAGAGGAGGGGGAUCUUCCAGAGUCAGAUCAGCUGUGACACUGGAAUUCUGCAGCUACUGCUCACUGGGGACACAUCAGUAGACACGGUGAGCAAUGGGUUGUGUCAACUUGAUCUUGUUAAAACGACAAUACCAACAGCAGAGCCAAAUGACCCUGAAGAAACCCAGAGCAAAGUGGACAGCAAUGCCCCAAAUCGAGAUAAUUCUGCAGAGCCAUGCCAGCCCAAUACUCCACAUAAUGUUUUGUGCAUUGCAGAAGCCAUGGCUGAAUUGGAGGCUCCAGACCCAGUUAUCCAGCAGAGUGUGCAGAAUCUACAGAACCUUGUGAAUGAAGAGGGAGCGUGGGCAGCUGUGUCAACGGAGAGCAAUCCUAAAAUUCUCAGCACUCUGAUCUGGGAUUGGCUGCAACAACUGUCGGAGCCAAUACUGGAUCAGGAGGAUGUGAGCCUCUUUUGUGAUGGAGAUUGGAGACAAAAUCUGAUCAAACUAAGCAGGAGUCAGGGGGAAACUCUGUGCUGUCUCCUGCAGUGUGUUAGUAAACUUCCUUCCCUGCCACCUGCAUUGGAAGAACUGGUUCUAAUAAGACUUUUCAGAGCACUGACGAAGCAGCCACACGAUGUGCCCCAGUUGUCCUCUACAAUGCUGUUCCAGUUACGUUCCAUCAUACACGAGAUAAGAGCUCAUGGUAUCACCUUCCGGGUACAACGCAAAGCCACAAAUUCAGCACAGCAUAAACAUCUAAGUACAUAGUGACCUGAGGGAGAGAGCAGUUCACAGAUGCUCAGAAGAUGAGUUGUCCACAGAAGACCAUUGCAAAAAUUAACAUUAUAUAAAGUGGAGAAGACUGAUGCUGGGAAGCCUCUGUACAACAAAUAUGUGAUAUACUUACCAACAUGCACAGUUUCCGGGAAACUUUCCUUAUCUGUCACUGUGUAUGUAAGAACAUUGUCUAGGUGGUCAAGUUAAUGCUAUAGCUUUUAACAUGGCAUGAUAACUGUAAUGUAAUUAUGUUAUUUUAAAUACUAACCUAGUACAAAUGUAGCAUGUACAGUCUUGUACCUUGUCCCUUGUUUUGUUUUUUUGUUUUGUUUGUUUUUUGGGACUGUCCUGCUGUCCUACUCGCAGACCGUAGUGUCACUCUCUUCCUUAGGUAGGGAAGACUGACCUUUUGUGUGCUGGACUGAUUGAGGAGUCCUGUAAGCGCUGAUGAUCCCAGCCACUUAUUGCCUCUAUGUAACACACAGCUGUAUAUUAUGUCUGAUUUAAUGCUGUCUGUAUUAAAGGCAGCGCACAU